GAUAGCGGCGGUGAGCACCAGCAGCAGCAACCAACGCACGAGGCAAAACCGAGAAUCUACUACAAGCGACAGAUCAGACGUCGACCACAACAGUAGCACCAAAUCGGUAACCAUGGCAACCCAGCAGCAGCAGAAGACCACGAAGACGACGUACAAGACGGAGAAGCGCAUUAAGGUCAUUCCGACGAUGAAACUCGACUUCUCCAUCGUCAACCGCGAGUUCGACGGUCAGAACGACCGCUUGCGCGACGAGAUGGCGCGCACCGAACAGGAGAUGGAGCGCAUGCGACGCGACUUCUAUGGCGACAAUACGCAGCGCACGUCGUCGCGUCAGGUCUCCUCCGUGCGUCAGACGACGUCGUCGCUGCAGGGAUCCGAGUUUCCGGGCACCGACUUCGGUUCCGAUUUUCCAUCUGGUUUCGGCGCCGGUCCGAUGGUGCCUGCCGGCGGCGGGGGGCUCGGGAUUGAUUUCGGCAGCUGGUUCACGGACAACCCAUCAAGUCCGCUGCUCAGCAAGGCAGAUGAUGGCGGCAAAGAGCUGAAGCUACGCUUCGACGUCAGCGAGUACGCGCCCGAGGAACUGGAGGUGAAGACGGUCGAUCAGCGUCUUCUCGUUCACGCAAAACACGAGGAGAACGAGCCAGGCAGGCAAGUGUACCGCGAGUUCAAGAAGGAAUUCUUCCUUCCCAAGGACGUCGACCCAGAGGCGCUGCGCUCGUCGCUGUCGACGGACGGAAUUCUGACGGUAGAGGCGCCACUGUUGGCCAUCGCCGCCGGACCGCGCGAGCAUGCCGUAGCUAUCGAACACAAGUAGAUGGCAGGCUGGGAGAAGGAAGAGGAGGAGGAGGAAGGAGGACGGAGGACGCCGGGAGGAGAAAAGGGAGGAUGAAGAAGGAGGGAGACGCCGGUAGAACGAAGAGGAGAAGUCCAGACAGAGGUGAAUGAGGAGGA